ACUACAACCAUCAAAAUGGUUCGGCCCAAUUAUCAACUACUAACUAUACUAAUCCUUUUAAGUAUUGUCAAUGACUCAAUGGAAUUUGAAUAUGAGUUCCUUUUGGAGGACGAAAGGAUAUUUUCGGAUUGCGCGAAUCCCCCGCCAGGAUCCCAAAACAUGAAUGGCCUGUUUAACAAUUUCUCCGAUUCAACUUUUACUAUGACUGAAAACGGAGUAAGCCAUAGUGGGAAUUUGACCACUUCCUGGCAAAUCGAAAAAACGGAUAUCAUUCAAGGUGGAAUAAGUCUUCAAUAUUUUCGAAGAGGAUCUUGGGUACCGACCAUACUAAAUCUAUCGCCAAAGAAUAUGUGUCAGUACAUCUUCGAUGAAAGGCAAUAUAUAUACACUUUUUGGUUUAAAAACGUAAUCAAUGUGGAGGAAAUUAAGGAAAAAUGUGUUAAUACUCCAGGUACAGUACUUAUAAUGAAAACAUUUUAUUUCGAUAUCAAACUCGGCCUAGAUGCUACCCUUAAGCCUGGUCGCUAUAAGAUUGAAGUCCUCUUAACUGCUGUUGAUCGAAAUGGCGUAGAGCGACCUAACAAGAUUUGUGCUGCCAUUCUAGGAGAGAUGAUUCAAAUUAAGUAAUAACUAUAAAAUAUUAAAGAAUAUUAAGGUAUCUCAACUUUAUCAUAAGAGAGUUGGACUUAAUACAUGGGACUGUUUGUAACAGAAACCUGUAAUUGGCGAUCUAAAUCUUUAUCAUAAAUUGGAAAUAUACUUUCACUAGGCUUUUCC